AUGCUGCCGACGACCGCGUCCAAGGGGCGCGGGGCCGCCCGCUCCGCCCCGCCGCUCUUCGGCCCCUACCUCCGCCGCAUCGUCAAGGUCGAAACAAAGAACCAGUGGGCUCGGGAUGAUCCUGCAUUUGUUGUUAUUCUGAUUCUUUUCCUCGUGUUUGCAACAUCAGCUUACUGUGCAGCGUAUGGAGAGAGUGCCUCACAUGCUGCUCUAACAAUCACUUCAGUUGUGUUUCUGCAUUUCUUGUUUGCUGGGAUAGUUCUGGCCACACUUUGCUGGUUUCUUACAAAUUCUUACUUGAGAGAGGAACCUAACAGCCAUGUUGUUGAGCAACGCGUGGAGUGUUCUUCCAUUUCUGGACAGAACAACAUUCUUCCUGUACCCGAUUGGUCUCGUCAUCAUCCUGUCUCCACUUAG